AUGACAAAAGUGCCAAUAGUCGAACCGGAGCCAGAGCCUCAGCCUAAGAGCACUUUGUCAAAUCCAUAUUUGAAACGCAAUUUCUCAUUUGAAAAUCGAAUUGCUGAUCUCUCAAACAAUUUUGAAGGAAAUACUUAUGAAACACCAUUCUCGUUUCGAAUAACCAGUAUCGAAUACAUACGAGAUUUCAAUGAGCCACGCAGCGGAAAAUUCAGAAAACUUCGUGAUCAGCUUCUACCUGAUCUGGACGAGAUUUUUGGGGCGAUAUUCACAAGUAUUUAUCAAAAAGUUAUCAUCGAAAGAUUUUCAAAGGGAAGCGUAAUUGUAGACGGCUUUGUUUAUACAACAACUGAACUGAAAUUUUUUGAACAACUCGCGACUGAAUUCGAACAACAUAUUACGGCGAAAGGAUCGAGAAUUGGCGAAAACGAUGUGGACCCUCGGUCCAUUUCACUAAAUGGAUUUGUUUCAAAGAACUACAUCGAAAGGAUUCAAGAAGGUUAUACGUCGAGUAGCUCGUCAAAAUAUAUCAUUGGUGGAAGCAUUGCGAUUGGUAUUUUAGCAGUAUUAAUUGUCGCAUUCGCCGUUAUUGCGAUGAACAAUCGUCAUUCAAAUGGAAGUCUAAAAUUGAAAGAAGGCAGUGUUAUGGCCGAACUUGGACAACAGGCUUGGAGCAAUGGAACUUCGCCAGUCAACCUGUUAGUUAUUACUUAA